GGUGGAGCGGAUUGGGAACUUGUGGGCGGCCGCGGCGGCGGGAGAGAGUCCGCAGGAGAUCAGGUAUUGCAGUGGUGCAGUGCGGUGGGGAUUUCGGGAGGCCCAUUAUGCCCCUCAAGAAGCCGGCCCUGCUGGCUUCGAAGCCGCAGCCUUCCUCUGCGGCUCCAUCUCAUCGCUCCCGUUCCCCGGACCUCUCUCGCUCAGCUGUUGCCAGUUACCAUUCCCAAGUCCAAAUGAUGAAGUCGCUCCUCUUCUCCGUCCACCCCACGCCGCCGCUCCUCCCCACCCCCCGCCUUCGCAGGCUCCUGCGCUUCCGCGCCUCCUCCUCAGCCUCCGCCUCCGCCUCCGCGCCGCCCCGAGCCGACCGCCGCUCGCCCCGGCCCGCGCCGUCGCGCCGCCCAUCCUCCUCCUCCCUCUAUGCGCGCCCCAGCCUCCUCGAGAUGGAGCGCGAGCGCGCCGCCCGCCGCGCGGACGUUGACGCCUUCCUCACCUCCCUCGGCGUCGACCCGGGCGAGCUCGCGGGCCUCGAGCUCCCGGUCACCGUCGACGUCAUGCGGGAGCGCGCCGAGUUCCUGGGCUCCCUCGGGCUCACCCGCGAGGACCUCGCCGCGUACCCUCUCGCUCUCGGCUGCAGCGUGCGCAAGAACAUGGUCCCCGUCCUCGACUACCUCGGCAAGCUCGGCGUCCGCCGCGACGCGCUCCCGGACCUGCUGAGACGGUACCCGCAGGUGCUACACGCCAGCGUCGUCGUCGACCUUGCCCCCGUCGUCAAGUACCUCCAGGGUAUGGACGUGAGGCCCGCUGACGUGCCGCGCGUGCUCGAGCGGUACCCGGAGCUCCUCGGGUUCAAGCUCGAGGGCACCAUGAGUACUUCCGUCGCCUACCUCGUUGGCAUUGGAGUGGGGAGGCGUCAGAUAGGCAGCGUCAUCACCCGUUUUCCAGAGGUGCUUGGUAUGCGCGUGGGGAAGAUAAUAAAGCCUUUCGUCGAACACCUUGAGGGCAUCGGGCUGCAGAGGUUAGCUGUUGCGAGAAUAAUAGAGAAGAAGCCAUAUGUACUUGGAUUUGGGCUAGAGGAGAAGGUUAAGCCUAACACUGAGGCUCUUAUGGACUUUGGAGUGAGGAAGGAGGCUCUAGCAUCCAUUGUGAUGCAAUACCCCGACGUUCUUGGACUUGAACUGAGGGACAAGCUUGUUGCACAGCAGAGCUUGUUUGAAUCGAGCAUUUUGGUUAGCCGUGAAGAUUUUGGGAGAGUGGUCGAGAGGAUGCCGCAAGCCAUUAGUCUUGGACGAGCUGCGGUUCAGAAGCAUGUUAAUUUCCUCACAGCUUGUGGAUUUAUGCUCUCUCAAGUGAGCAAAAUGGUUGUGGCUUGCCCCCAACUGCUUGCACUAAAUAUGGAUAUAAUGAGGAUGAAUUUCGAAUACUUCAAGAAUGAGAUGGAGAGGGAUUUGGAGGAGCUGGUUGAGUUCCCUGCGUUCUUCACAUAUGGCCUCGAGUCGACUGUGAGGCCUCGGCAUGAGAUGGUGUCCCAGAAGGGCUUCACAUGCUCUCUUGCAUGGCUUCUUAACUGUUCUGAUGCCAAAUUUGAUGAGCGCAUGAAGUAUGACACAAUUGGGGUUGAGGAAAUGGAGCGUGAGGAUUCUUCUGACAUGAAUGCAUCUAUGGAGGAGGUAGAGAGUGAGGAGUAUGAAGACAGUGAUUAUGAUGACUCUGAUGAUGAGUUUGUUCGAUAAUUCAUUUCAUCAGUCAUUAGAUUGUCAAUUUUGAAGUAUUAUGUGGUUGGUACACGAAUCAAACUGUAGCUUAGAGCUCCUGUCCUGUAUGUUCAGAUAUCCUUCAACAUUGUAUGUUAUAACUGUGGUUGGGCAGAGGGUUUGCAGUUUUGGGCCAGAUACAAUGCUCUCAUGAGUAUAUUAUGCCAUAUGGUUUACUAUUUUGUGUGAGCAUGUAGAACGGCUCCUUUAAAGGAUCAGUAUGAUGUUUCUGUAUGAGUUCUGUCACUAGGAAAUCUUCUAUGGACUAUGGUAGUGUGUUGUGUUCGAGAUCCUUGUUUAGUAGUGUUUCCAUUGUUUGUUGUUUAUUAAUGUUUCCAUAGUUUGUGAGAUGAUCACAAUUCAAAUUUGUUCAUGAUACGGCACGGUCAUCUAGGACUACGCAGGGGAGAGCAGAGGAUUAGCUGGGACUGUGAAUGGGAGCGAAGAGGAUAGCGAGGCAAUGGCGCGGUGGGGGGUUCGCCGGCGGCAGCGGCAGAAUCGCACGCAGCCACCGUCGAAGAGGAACCCCACCCGCUUAGGGAGGUUCUAUUCUCUUCUUCGAUAAUCCAAUUACAAUCCUAAGUGCAUCCUUUAUAGUCCAGGUGCAUAUUUCUUUCCUAACACACAAUAGAUUAGAUCCUAAAAACUCUCCCUGAUUAUUCUCUUACUAAAACUGAAUAAGCCUUAGCCAUUGCUGGCUGUGGCCGUGGCCUUGCUGGCCCGACGCCUAUAUUGGCGGCCCAGGAAGGAGUCUACAACAUUUCCCUCCUCCCCAACAAACAGCUCGUCCACGAGCUGGAACGCUGGAUAGCGCUCUUUGAAAUCGUCAAGUGGUUCCCAUGUAGCAUCAGCAGCAGAGCAGCCAUCCCAUUGUACCAAUAACUCCCAACGACCACGGUUCAAACGAGCUCGAACCACCUGAGAUGGCGUAGGCACCACACGGCCCCGUAGAAUAAGUGGCAAAGGCGUGAUAGCAGCAGGUGGAUCCCCGGUGAACUUUUUCAGCAAGGCGGCGUGGAAGACAUCAUGGAUGCGCGCCUUCGGUGGCAACUGUAGGCGGUAAGCGACAGCACCAAUUCGCUGAAGGACCUGAUAUGGCCCAAAGUAACGAGGUCCCAGCUUCGAAGUUGUAGCAGCUGUAAUGCCGACUGCUGUGCGCUGCUGGAGACGCAGCAGCACCCAGUCGCCCACAGAAAACUCCACAUGACGGCGUUUCUGAUUCUGAUGCUCCCGCAUGGUGUCCUGGGCAAGAAUGAGGCGUUCCCGAAUUUCAGCCAGGAAAAUAUCACGAUCCCGAAGCUGCUGAUCUACUGCAGCCACACGAGCAGCGCCCGGCGUGUACGACACCAGAGUUGGGGCUGGACGGCCAUACACUACCUCGAAAGGUGUGGCCCGAAGAGCGGAUUGGUAUGAAGUGUUAAAGCAGAACUCCACCCAUGGAAGCCACUGUAACCAAGAACGGGGUCGAUCACUGGCGAGACACCGCAGAUACAUGACAAUGAUGCGGUACCUGUAUAUCAUUCUUACAUCUAUACUAUACAGUGACUUCUUUUCUUACUGCUUUAUUGUAUAUGAAGUAUUAGGAAACAAAACAAAUGCCAGAUUUAAAUGUUCCAAUUUCUAAUUGAUAAGUGGAAUAUCUUCUAUUGCUAUUAGUGUGGGCUGCAAAAUAACAAAGCAUACUGAUGUUACAUUUGUGUUGCAUAUUUGGUGGUGAUGGGACUUGGGAGUAAACAUUGUGGUUUACUGAAAUGUAUACUGUUUGCACAAUGUAAAUAGCUGGCAGUUGAUAUUACUUUAAAGAAUGUGUAUUGUUCGGGUGUGGCAUAAGGUGGGCCUCCCAUUAGUGUGUAAUAAUGUCCAAUUACUAAGCCUAGCGGCCUAUUUGUGAGUGUUUAGGAACCAAAUGCAGUUUGCAGGGAUUCAUUUGUAAUUACCAGGGAAAGGAAUGAAAACCUCCACCUCUCACAUUCCCUAUAAAAAUUGUUCACUCAAUUGCUCACUUUCUUCUCUCUCUGUUUGGUACGAGACCAACAUGUAUGGUGUCAGCCUCCACCCCUCACCUUCCCUAUAAAAUUGCUCACUUCCCCACUUUCUUCUCUCUCUGUUUGGUCCAAGACCAACAUUUAUGGUGUCUGUACCCUACUCAUUGUGUAGCAAUGAAUAAUUAUGAGCUAAUUGGGAAGGCAUGAAACCUGCAGAAACUGGAAAUUCUAGUUUUAAGUUUGGGUUUCACAGUUUUUGUUUUGUUUUUUUUUUAAUAGUUCAUGUUUCCAUUCUGCUGCACUGGAAAUUCUUUAGCAGAGUAAAUGCAAACUUGAAUUCCUUGCUUUUGUUGCUUCAGCUUGUUGUACUAUUGCUGAACUCAGAUGUUUGGAAGGGUGCUUUACUUGGCCUUCUGCCGCUUCAGUUGCGUUGCUGCUUGCUUGAAUCAUACAGCCAGUGCCUACAUACAUGUCUGGUCCAGGGGAAUGGUUUUGGCAGAAAGGGGCAGCUGAUGAAGCUGAUAACAAAUCACUUCAAAUUUUCUCUCAUGAAUGCUGAAGAUUAUUUCUAUCAUUAUUAUGUCAAUUUGAAGUAUGAGGAUGAUACACCGGUUGAUUGCAAAGGGUCAGGGAGACAAGUGAUAAAAAAAAACUGCAGCAAACUUAUGCUGCUGAACAUGCAAAUAAAGAUUUUGCAUAUGAUAGAGAAGAGCCUGUUCUCAAUUGGUGCUCUUCCUCAAGUUAAAAAUGAGUUCACUGUCGUGGUUGAAGACUUUUCAACUGGAAAGACUCCUGCAAAUGACAUUCCAGGUAAUGACAGUCCUCCUGGAAGUGACAGGAAAAUGGUCAGAAGGCCUUAGAAUACAAAGACGUACAAGGUCAAACUCCCUUUUGCGGCAAAAGUUCCUGUGAGUGCAAUCUCACAGGCCUUGAGAGGUCAGGAAUCAGAGCACACUCAGAAGCAAUUCGAGUGAUUGACAUUAUUCUGAGGCAGCACUCAGCUAAGCAGUAUAUAGUUGUUUCAUGCAAUUCUGAGGGCAUAUAUUACAAAUAUUGCUGAUAUUAUUGACGGUUCUUGUAGUGUAGCCAUUCUCUGUCUUUAACUGUGUCCCUUUUUGCUUCCAGGGGCUGCCUAUUAGUAAGGCAAUCAUUCUUCCAUAACAAUCCUUUCAACUUUGUUGACCUGGGUGGUGGUGUAGUGGGUUGUAGAGGGUUUCAUUCUAGUUUUUGUGCAACCCAGAGUGGAAUUUCACUCAAUAUCGGUCUGUUCUUGUCAUCCAUAUGCCAUGUUUUAAUCUAUACAAUACAAUGACAAUUUCUCUCUA